CACCUUAAAACUUUAAAACUGUCCAAUCAGGCAAAACUGAAAACACUUGUGGAAGUUGACAAGCAUCCAACAACCACGUGGUGAUAGCAAAAGAAUGGCCAGCAUAGAUGUACUGAGAAGCAGGUUUUACUCAUUUGAUAAAAUGUACAUUCAAGAUUUACGUGAACAGAGUUUUGUAGACUGGCCGUUCAGAGAGGAAUGUAACUGCACCCCAGAAAAGGUAAGUCGGUUUCUCCUCCUUUGUUGGAGGCCUUUAGAUCACUUGUGGAAAUAUAAAUGCUUAUAAAUUGUGUUUGAUAGUUUGAUUGUAAAAGUGCUCAGCAUUUAAAAACAGCUUAAACUUUGUGUAGGGAACUUUUAACUAGAUUUGAAAGAAUCUCUUGUUUCUGCCAAUGUCUCCCUGUCACCUGCAACAGUGAAUGAGCCCAUCUGUGUGAACAUAAGCUAUUUCUAAAUAGUGAAAACGGGGAAAACAGAAGCCAGUGGUCAGGUCGGGACCACGAACAAAACAAUUUACUGCUCUAAGACCAGAGAUGACACGUGUUUUUUCUCUUUAUUUUGCUCUGAAAAUGCAUUAGUGAUGGGAAUUGCGGCUCUUUUUAGUGAGCCAGACCAUUAAGCACAGCUCACCAAGAAGAGUCGGCUCUUUUGGCUCCUGAACAGCUCUUUAUUUUACCACUUAUACAUUUUCUAAUUCAGCCAAAUUUAGCGUUGUUUGGCUUGAUAUGUACAAAUCUGUACACAUAUCGCUUAAAUAAUUCAAUACAUCCGUUGUACUGAAGUAUUCACAACUAAAAAUUACAUUUUCUAAUAUCAGUAAAUUGCUGUAGCCAUCCUGAGCAAAUCUGUCUAAUGAGCACAAGCACAUGACUCGCUUCCCAUUUUAAAUACAUUUACAAAGUAAGUUGCCUCAAACUGCUCACAAAAAAAAGUUAGUUUCUGGAGCCCUACAAGCCAGAGAAGUGCACGACAAUAUGCGCUAAAACACUACCGCUUUUGUCCAUAGUGGCCGCCAAAAUCAACAGAAAAUGAAAACUCUGUCCACCUGCUUUAACUGACAAUAUAUAAAGAAAACUAAGGAGAUAUCAUUAGCCUAGUAUGAUAAUGGCUGGUGAUAAACAUUAAAGGGAUAUCUGAUCCUUGUUUACACAGCUAAAUUAUACCACAGCUUUAAAUUCAAGGAUGUGACAGCUUUGUGAUGUAUGCCUAAGCAGGUGCCAGAUUCAGUUUCAUAGCAUCAGGUGACCCAUGCACAAACCCUUUGCCCACUCUGCUCAUGUCGUGAUAAAUGAGCUGCUGACACAUCACUUAGUGAUGCCAUGUUAUGAGCUCUUAACCCCUGCAAUCCAAAAGAUGAACCAACACUGGUCUCACUCUCAAACUAAUCCUCACGGAUUCAUGGAGUUAUGUUCUUGAGUUGUACUUGUCAUCUUAGCCACUGAGUUAUCAGCUCAUAAAAUUCCUUAAAUGAACUCUUAAUUUCUAGUUUGCAGUAGUCUAAAAGUAAUCUUUUUCUGUUUUGUUUGUCUCUACAGAUGGCUAAAGCUGGCUUUGUACACUGCCCCAGUGAGAACGAGCCUGAUGUUGCCUGCUGUUUCUUCUGCUUGAUCGAGCUGGAGGGCUGGGAGCCAGAUGACGACCCCUGGUUAGAAAAUCAUGUCACCUGAACCGACCUUUAUUUAGAUUUCGACUCCGAUGAAAAUAGAUAUAGUUGUGUAAAUGACGAGAACAGCUUUAGAUCUCACUCUGCAUCCAGGCUAUUUACUUUACCAAGUUAGUUUGAGAAGUGGCUAUUUCAAAACAUGUUUUUAUUUUCCAUAGUAAAGAUUUCUUGCCCAUUAAUCACCAAAAAUUAGUGAAGUGGAUAUAAAUUUAAUCUGUUCAAUGCCAAAUUUGAACCCUUUUGUUAAUACCAGUUCAAUGGUUUUUGAAAACAAAACUGAAUAAUCGUGUUACAAAAAAGACUAUAAUCCCAGUUGAAAAUUUUAUGUAGACUUUUUAUAUCACUGUAGCUCGAUAAGUUCCUUGACUGGGCAAAUAUUUCUAAAACGUAAUAACAAACCACAAAAAUCUGAAAUCUAUUCAUAUGCUGUAAACAGUCGCCACUAAACAGUAUCAUGAGAUUUCAGAAUAAUUAUGCAGCUAAUACUAGCUUUUAGAUGCUAGCUAACUUGAGCUAAUGUUAGCCCUGCUCUCUACUGUCAUCUUUGUCUUUCUAGUUGUCCUCCAUGCCAGGCAUCACAUUUGCCCCUGUCUACAUAAACACCAUCAUGAGUUUCAUAAGCAGUCUGUGAACAGUCACCACCUCAUAAAUAUUCACCCUCUUUUGAUAACUACACUGAGGCAGAACAUGAGAUGAUUUGCACAGUUUUGUUUUUGCUUCACAGAAUUUAUUUUUCUGAUUGUGAAUAACAGUUGUCUUAUUUGUCUUCCAUGAUACAUCCUCUACUAAGGUCUGAACAUAUAAGACGCUCCCCUGACUGUGGAUUUUUGACCAUGAAGAAGGAUUUCACUGAGUUGACUGUGGCUGAAUACUACCAAAUGGAAAAAGAGAGGCUCAAAGUCUAUAUUGUGAGUGUUCCUAUCCCUUUAAAUUAUCAGGGUUCCUAUGCUAGUAUUGAAAGUAUGGACAGUUAUGGAAAUAAAUUUGAACGUUUUCCAUGUCUUAAAAAGUAUUGAAAAUAAAAAAUAAAGUAUGGAAAAAUAUUUAUGUUUCCAGACUAUUACCACAGUUCCAAAAUACUGUUUUCUGAAAUAGAAAAGUAGGUAUUUCCAAAAAUAAUUCUAAAAAGUAGGAUAUGGAAAACUAUGGAAAUUCCAACUGAGUAGGAACCCUGAAUUAUGUAUAAUACUGUGGGGUUUUUAAUAAAACACACAUGUGAUUCUUUUAUUUUCUUUCUUUUUCUUUCUAGAGAAAGGUUUGCUCCAAGAAGAUGGCGUGUUUGCAGGAAAGAAAAGACCAAACACUUAAGAGCCUUAAAUCUCUGUUAAAGUCCAUAUGAGUGAAGUUAAUAAUUUGUCAGUGUAUCGUGAUUUUACAUUAAAUUAUCCUUGAAUAUGUAGACUCUAAAAUGUUAAUAAAGUUUAUUUUUAUUACACUCACUUUGUAUAUUUGUCUUUGACCACAAGGUGGUGCCUUUGCCCUGAAGCAGGAGCUCCUCUGCCUCAAAGCUUCAUUCUGCAGUCUCUCACUCUAACUCUUCACAAAGGCAGUCUAAGAUGAAAGCACACAUUGAGCAGGAUUACAAUGUGGGCUAUAUUCCCUCUUUCCAAGGCAAAUACUUGCCAUUUUCUUGAACGUGCCACCAUCUCUACCACCCCUUUUCAAACCUUGACCCUGGACAGAUGGCCUGAAGCCCCUCCUUUUCAAUACCAACUGUUGCCCCAGUAACAUCUGUUACAUAUAGGGGGACAGUGCGCUCUGAGAGGGCUCACCAGGACACUCGCUUAACCCCAUGAGGAGCUCUGAGAUUUAGGAAACACCAAACAAGGCUGCAGAGAGACAAUGGAGAUUGUGGUUAAGGUGCUCAUAAAGACUCAGAGACGCUCUAUGUCAUGAUUAUACUUCACUCCUGUUAUUUAACACUUUAGGAAGCAAGAGUUUAACACUAAUAUUUGCCAAAGUAGAGUCUUGAGAUUUUAGACUUUAGGAUAUUGGUUCUCAAUCUCUGGCUGAGUCUGAUGGGAGGCUUGGCUGCAUUGAGUGCAGGAUUAAAACCUGCUAGCCCUCCAACCUUCCCCUGUUGUGGAUUAAUGUCUAAUGUAACACUCUAGACACUGAGCCCAGAUCAGCUGCUUAAUUCUUCUUUAUCCGCUCACUGCAGGACAAAUUGAAGAGAGAAUAUUUUUAGCCAAAAAAGUUAAAUACGCCAAAGUGAUCUAACAUUUCCAAUAAAAGAAAAAA